CUAAGUUUUAUCGAUCACUAUUAUCAAUUAGGUCGUUGUAUAAAAAAGACGUUUGAUAUACUUUUACUGUUUAGGCAGUAUGAAGUUCUUAGUUUUGGUGCUCUUUGUGACGGCGAUUCACGCCAAACAUGAAAUAUACUCUGGGUGGAAAUCCUUCUUCGUCAAACCGGUGAGCCAUGACCAGCUGUCGAAAUUGACGAGCAAGAUCGUAGAAUUCGAUCUCGACUUCGUCAGCAAUGUAGCGGUGAAUCGAGAAGGGAUUGUGUUGGUGAAGCCCCAGUACCAAGUUGACUUUUUGAAAUUCCUAUCAGAGGAGAACAUAUCCAAUCAGAUACAUUCUGAAGAUCUUCAAAAACAAUUUGAAAUAGAUGACCAGAAAAUCGAAGCAAGAAAGCUAGUAACACGUUCGGUUAAUGGAGGCAGGAUACCUUACGAUAACUAUCAAACUCUGGACGUGAUAUAUGAAUACAUCGACAAAAUCGCUGAGGAUUAUCCGGAAACUGUAACUCUGGUUAGUUCUUCUAAAUCAUUUGAAGGUCGACCCCUUAAGUACUUGAAGAUUUCGAAGGAUAAAUUUGCAAGCAACAAGCCAGUGAUCUUCAUUGAUGCUGGAAUUCACGCCCGAGAAUGGAUUUCUCCCCCCACAGUCACUUACGCCAUUCAUAAGCUGGUUGAAAACGUCACUGAACCUGAUCUUCUUGAGAACUUCGACUGGAUUCUCUUUCCAGUCGUAAAUCCUGAUGGUUACGUAUAUUCUUUUGAAAGGGAAAGAAUGUGGAGAAAAACUCGUUCUACUGACCAGAAUGUUUUGAGCCAGUUCUGCCCAGGCGUCGAUGGAAAUCGAAAUUUUAACUUUGAGUGGAACACAAUAGGUACAAGCAACAACCCAUGCUCUGACAUCUACGCUGGAAGUAAACCAUUUUCUGAAGUUGAAAGUAGGAGUGUUGGCGAAAUUAUUGACGAACACCUUGAUCGGAUGGUACUCUUUAUCACCAUGCACAGCUACGGAAGCAUGAUUCUCUACCCGUGGGGUCAUAAUGGUACUCUCUCGCAUAACGCCUUCUCUCUUCACACUGUUGGCAUCGAUAUGGCUGAUGCUAUUAAUAAAUUAGCUCUGCCGCAUUUCCCUAAUUACGUUGUAGGCAAUGGAAUGCUAGUUCUCAAUUAUGCCGUAGCAGGUGCUGCUGAAGAUUAUGCUCAUUAUAGAGGAAUUCCAUUAACAUAUACGUUGGAACUGCCUGGACUGAGAUCUGGUUUUGCAGGUUUUCACUUAGACCCUAUUUAUAUUCACCAGGUCUGUAUAGAAACCUGGGAGUCUUUUGUCAUUGGGGCUAGAAGGGCUGGUGAAUUGUAUGGAAAAACAAAUCUUUAAUAUUGUAUAAACAUAAUUACGACAAUAUCUUG